CCCAGAUCUAACCAUCGUAGACAGCUAGCAAGCGCCAUCAUCAUCUCCAUUUGCUACUAUUCUCCAUUCAUCGCAACUUUACACACGGGGAGGGUGUAGAGAUAGAGAGAAAUCAAAACGAUGUCGCUCUGUUCAUCUUUCUCGUCUCCCCCCCGUUCCCUCUCUUUCUUCUCCAAAACCAGACCCUUCAAAGAUGAUCCCAAACUCCUUGCAACCUCUCGCUUCAGAGCUUCUGCCGACGUUCCCGAUUUUCUCUCUGCCGAUUGGCUUGAAUCUCGUAAGAAGAGACCUUUUGGCCCAAGAUUAAAUUUUGGUGCAGAAGAAGCUGUCCAGUACCAGCUUGAUGCACUCAAAUACAACGACCAGCCCCGUCAAGAUUAUGGCAUCGAGGUUAUGUACAGGUUUGCUGGAUUCGAUCCUUUUGAAAGGUCCACCUAUUUUGGGCCCUUUUUCGAUUUGGGACAGUUUGAACGGUUUAGGCGGAUUUUUCACCAUUCAACCUAUCGCGUUUUACUUGGUCAUAAGGAUCGAAAGAUUCUUAGCAGUUUGUUUGUGGAGGAGAACCGAUUCAAGCAGAGAGUUUGGAUACAAGGAAGUCGCCCGGAGGAAGAAGAAAUAUUUCAGCUUACCAUGGUUCAGGAUCAACCAUUGGAUUCAUUAAAAUAGUAAAGGAGGUGAACCUGUCGAGCAAGAAGAACCUAGCGGAGAAGAAGGUGUAUUGCGAAAGCGAGAGAAAGAGGGAAAGGGAGAGAGAAAACACACGGGGAGGAAAAUUCGUGAAGCCUGACUCUGCAUUGCGAAAACAAGAGGAAGAGAGAGAAAGGGAAGAGAGAAAACAUGUGGGGAGGAAAUAAAUUGAGAGGGAAAUGAAAAAAAGUCUGAUGGAGAAUAAACUGUGAAUAAAAAAUACAUUUGCUUGGUAAACAGUAACCCUUCAUAUUUGAAGGAAUCCAUCUAUUUACUGUAACUUAAAACUUUUCAUUCAUCUUUUUAGCUAAUUCAAUGCAACUGUGUUUUGAUGAAAUUCA